AUGGAAAACGAAGUGUGAGUUUUUUUAAAACAUAAUUGUUGUUAUUUGUCAUAGGAAAAAUAAAUAUUUCAGAGUUUUACCAACGAACGGAAUUUUGAAAAAAUGGACAAAUUACAUGGGCGGUUGGCAGGAUCGCUAUUUUGAAAUAAUCGAUGGAAAUUUGGUGUAUUACAAAUCGAAAAACGAUAAAUCUUUUGGUUGUCGUGGUAGCAUUUUUCUGAAAAAUGCCAUCAUAACAGCCAAUGAGUUUGACGAAUGCGAAUUUUCCAUUUCCAUGGGCGAAAAUGUUCAAUGGUUUUUGAAGGCAGAAAAUUCGCAUUCAAAAUUGCUAUGGAUGCGAUCUGUCGUCCGAGAAACGGUAUUUUUUUUCGCAAAAAAAACCUUUUGUGCUGUGUCAAUAUGUAUUUCGGGUGGGCUGUGAUUAACCCUUGUUUGAACUUUUCACGAACAUCAGAAUCAAAAAAAGUUGUGUGAUGGGAAAAAGUGUUUUCGAGGGACUAAAAAAAUCAAUUUUUUUUUCUAGAUCCAAUCGGACUCGGAUUAUAGUAGCACUAGCACAAAAUCGCAUUCUCGAAACCCUUCCGUUUCCUCUGCAAUUCUCCCAAAAACCGACGAAGAUCCAACAAAAACACUAACCACAAAACUAUCAGAACUCGAAGCAUAUCGAACAAUGUGUAAAGAUCAAAUGGCAUCAAUUGAAAGAUUAUUAGAACAAGGCGGUGCCAGUUGUAUUGUUCCACAACCAUCGAUUUUAUCAAUUAAGGCAACUCAUUUAGCACUAAUUGUUAACAUUAAUCAUAUUGUUGAAUUGGUUAAAUCGUCGAAAGUUGUGUUAGGAAAUGAUAAGCAACAUAAAGAAUUGUUGUGUGCGAAAGAAAGUAUUGGCGGAAUGGAAAAAGAGGAUUGUUAUGCAUCGGAUGACAAUUCUACUAUUGUAGCUAGAAAUCAAGAUCUUGAUGUGGUGAGUUUUUAUUCAAUCCAUAUGAAGCUUACUCAUAAAUUUUCUAGACAAGUGAUUGUGAUGAAUUCUACGAUGCUGAUGAAUUUGAAGCUCGAUCAAUUAGAUCUACCUCACCAGUUUCUACACCUCCAGCUCCAGAAACUCCCGCCAAACCAGAAUUUCAAUUCCGCCACGAGACCCCACACACAGGACAUUAUGACAAUCUCGAAGUCUCUGAUACCCACAAUCUUUACUCGAAAAUCGAUAAACUUGCAUUGGAUCAAUUGAAAUACGCAUUAGCAGGAGUUGAGGAUAAUGUUUGGACCUUGUUUGCUGAAGAUGGUCCAAUGAAAAUGUAUACAAGACAAAUUGAGGAUGAAGGUGGAUUGCCGGUUGAUCCAUUGAAAGCAACACAUUGUGUGAAAGGAGUGACUGCGUUGGAGUUUAUGCAUUAUUUUUAUGAUGCAAGAUAUAAAAUGCAAUGGGAUCAUACAUUAGAUUCGAUGAGUGUUGUUGAGAAUAUAUCAAGUGAUGCGGUUGUUUUGCAUCAAAAACAUAAAACUGUGAGUUUUUUCUUAGAAAAUCCCAUUUUAUCUUACUGUGACGAUUCCAGACUCUAGAAAAUUUCACGUCAAAUCCUUUUUUUCAGGUCUGGCCGGCUGCUCCUCGCGAAUCUCUGUUCGUUUCGCAUAUUCGACGAGUCGAUCAUAUGAAACGAGACGGUGCUCAUGAUUUGUAUAUAGUUUGUAACACAGACAUCAAGAGACCCGAUGUACCAGUGAGUUUUUCAAAGUUUUUUUCCCCGAUAAAAAUAGUGGCUAGAAUGUUCGAGAGGAUACUUGAGUAAAUAAUGAGUUUUUUUUGGAAUUGAACAUUAUGGAGGCUAUGAAAAUAUAUUCUAGUCUGUAAACACUGGACCUUUUUUAGACUCCUCAAAAAAAUGUUUCAGCUCGGUUCAUCAUCAUCAGUUCGUGUCGGUCUAACCGUCUCAAUGAUAUGCGAAACAAUUGUCAAAAAUCCGGAAAAAAGUCGAAAAUUAACACGCGACGACGUAACUUGCAAUAUAAUCUAUGUCUCUCAAGUGCAUCCUGGUGGAUGGGUUCCAACAGCCGCACUUCGACAUGUUUAUAAAAAAGAGUAUCCCAAAUUUUUGCGAACCUUCACCGAAUUUGUGCAGAAAAAUGUGGCCGGUAAACCUGUAUGUAUAUAAUUUAUUAUUUGUUUUUUGCAUUCGUUCAGAGAAAGUCAGACUUCUAUUAUUAUGUGAUAAACAAAUUUGUCUCUUGUUUACGCCUACGAAUUUUUUCCCUUGUUAUUUUUUAUGUGGUUUCCCAGUCCAUUCGUAUUUGUUAUUUUUCAGAAUAUAAUUUGCAGGUGAUAAUUUUUUUUUGACAGUUUUUGAACGGUCCGAUUUGCAGGAUGUCUAAAUUGGAUCUUUAGAUUUUUGGGCGGAAAAACAACGGAAGAAUUUCGUAUUAAAAAUUCAGAAUCUUGAAUUUUCAACGAAUUCUAAGAAUGGUGUUUCAGAAUUUUUUCCUCAAAAUGGUCCAAUUCAGACAUUCUGAAAAUCCUCACCGACUCUCCCCCGAAAAAUGCAUUUCUUCCAGAAUAAUGACAUGAAAACCGUUCAAAAAUAUGUGAUUCUAGUGCUUCUACUCUUAUUCGUAUUUUUGAUAUGGGAAGAAAAUAAUAUUGGAAGUGGUUAUGUUUAUUGGGCAAAUCGAUAUCAAAAUGUGAUUUUGAAAAAUAUUACGGUUAUUAGAAGUGAGUUCUCUUAAAAUUAUCAGCCUAUAAAUAUCUCUAAAAUCUCAGAUUCUACAUCAAAAAUUAAUAUUGGAAUUGUCAUAAUUUUACAAACUCAAGAAGAUGAAUCAAAGUAUAAAAUGGCUCUGGAUACGGUUAAAUGUUAUGCACAAUAUUUUAAUUAUGAUCUACACAUUGUGAAAAUUGAUGAAAAUUAUGAAGCAAAGCAGAAGUGUCAGCAUUCAGAUGUACUUAAGUUUCUAAUAUUUUAAAAAUUAAUUAGCAAUCAAAACAUUUUCAGUUUAUGUUCCGACGUCAUUGCGUAUUGUCGUAUUUGAUGUUUACCUCAAAAAUUGCAAAUGAUUGGGUACUUUUUGUUGAUGCUGAUAUGGCUGUGAUCAAUCCAAACAACUUGAUCGAAAAAUGGGUUCUUCCGUAUUCUUCUAAAGAUGCCAAGACAAAUAUCAUAUUCUAUAAUCGAAUUAUGAAUCAUGAAGUGAUGGCUGGCUCAUAUUUAGUCAAAAACACCAAAUGGUCCCAAGAUUUUCUCAUGUUCUGGGCGAAUUAUCAACAAAAAUUGCCGCAUUCCUUCCAUGGAACAGAUAAUGGAGCAAUUCAUGUGAGCUUUGAUUUGUUUUUUUUUUUUUUGAAAAUGUUUUGAAUUCUAUUGCAGAGUGUGAUAAUUGAGUAUUGCCUCCCCGAUAAAUCGAAGCAACGGGAGUUUUGCGAGAAUAAAUUUUGGAAAACGUCCAGAAAUUAUCACGAUUUAUCGGAAUAUGAGAUUUGUUGCCAGAACAUUUUGAACUCGACAAAAAUGGAAAAAGUGGAGAUUUUGAGAAAAGGCCGAUUUUCGUGGGCUAGAGAUGGAUGGCUGUCGAAUUCAUUGUGGUCCGAUCAGGAUUUUAUUGUUCAUGGUUGGCAGGAAAGGUUAGUAGGCUAUAAAAUGUGCUGAAAAUAAUUUUAACAUGAUGAUAAAGUCAAAAAAAAUCUAUAUAAGCUUCUAAAUAUAGAAAGAUUUUUCCAGAAGAAAAGACAAAUUGAUAUUCGCAAUGUGGCAUUCUCCACUGAUUGAUUCAAAAUUCGAUCUCUCACUUUGCUCAACUUCAGAAGCUCACAAAAACUGGAAAUACAAGGACACUUUCUAUACAACUAACCUCGAUGUUAAUCGAAGAAUAACCUCUUUUAUUCAAAAUUUGGAAUAA